AUGGACAACUCUUACAAGAUGGCGAGCUCAGACGUGGAUUAUUACGACACGGAGACCGUCACGGCGGACGAUGACAGCUUGACCAAUUCCACGACGAACAUGUGUGAAAUGCCAGGGUCCGCAGCACUGUCGUCGACACCGUUUGUGGCGCUCGUUGUCGUAUUGUACGGCGUCAUAAUGCUGGGGUCGGUGGUGGGCAACGGGCUCGUCGUGUACACCAUCACGGGGAACAGAGCAAUGCGCACAGUGACCAACCUGCUGCUGCUGAACCUCGCGCUGGGCGACCUGCUGCUUACGCUCGUGUGCAUUCCCUUCGUCGCGCUGCCGGUGCUCAUCUUGCAGCACUGGCCCUUCGGCCUGCUGCUGUGUCAGCUAGUCAGCUGCGUCCAGGGUAUCGGCGUGCUGGUGAGCGCGUACACGCUGAUCGCAGUGAGCGGGGACCGCUACCGGGCUCUCCGCUGGCCACUGCGCGCGCGGCUUGAGGUUCGUGGUGCGCUGCGUUUCAUGGUCUGCAUC